AUGAACUAUAGCCAAGACUGCCUGCGACAGAGAGAAGAAAAUACUCAUCUAGAGCCUGGAAAUGACUUCAGUCACCACCACAGUGGGGAUUGUGCCAUAGAUCAUAUCAUGCCACACCACAACGCAUAUACAGAAUCUGCGAAUGACACAGAGGCAAAAUCCAUAGUGAUGUGCGAUGACGCUAAUGCGUACCGAAUCUCCUACGUGAAUAAUGAGCCAGCAGGAGAUGGUGCAAUAGAAACCACGUCCAUUCUGCUGUCACAACCGCUGCCGCUGCGAUCAAAUGUGAUGUCCGUCUUGGUAGGCAUAUUCGUUGCCGUGGGAGGGUUUUUGUUUGGGUACGAUACCGGACUUAUCAACAGUAUCACGGAUAUGCCGUAUGUUAAAACAUACAUUGCUCCGAACCAUUCAUAUUUCACCACUAGCCAAAUAGCCAUGCUCGUAUCAUUUCUUUCCCUAGGAACAUUUUUCGGUGCGUUGAUUGCUCCCUAUAUCUCAGAUUCAUAUGGUAGGAAACCAACAAUCAUGCUUAGUACCGCUAUUAUUUUUUCCAUAGGAAACUCCUUACAGGUGGCGUCUAGUGGCCUAGUGCUAUUAAUCGUUGGAAGAGUGAUAUCUGGUAUUGGUAUUGGGAUAAUCUCUGCUGUAGUUCCCCUUUACCAGGCUGAAGCUGCACAAAAGAACCUUAGAGGUGCCAUUAUUUCCAGUUAUCAGUGGGCUAUCACUAUUGGGCUACUUGUGUCCAGUGCGGUAUCGCAAGGCACUCACUCCAAGAGUGGCCCGUCUUCAUAUAGAAUACCGAUUGGUUUACAGUACGUUUGGUCAAGUAUUUUAGCCGUGGGCAUGAUAUUCCUUCCAGAGAGCCCACGAUAUUAUGUCUUGAAGGAUGAGCUCAAUAAAGCCGCCAAAUCGUUAUCGUUUUUGAGAGGGCUCCCGGUCGAAGAUCCAAGGCUCUUAGAAGAGCUUGUAGAAAUCAAAGCCACCUACGAUUAUGAAGCAUCGUUCGGGCCGUCAACGCUUUUGGAUUGUUUCAAGACAAGUGAAAAUAGGCCCAAACAGAUUUUGCGAAUAUUCACUGGUAUCGCCAUUCAAGCUUUCCAACAGGCUUCUGGUAUAAAUUUCAUAUUCUAUUACGGAGUUAAUUUUUUUAACAACACAGGGGUGGAUAACUCUUACUUGGUUUCUUUUAUCAGCUAUGCUGUCAACGUUGCCUUCUGCAUACCCGGUAUGUAUUUAGUGGAUCGAAUUGGUAGAAGACCAGUCCUUCUUACUGGCGGUGUCGUAAUGGCAAUGGCAAAUUUAGUCAUUGCCAUCGUUGGUGUUUCCGAAGGGAAGACCGUGGUGGCGAGCAAAAUUAUGAUUGCGUUUAUAUGCCUUUUCAUUGCUGCAUUUUCGGCUACAUGGGGUGGUGUCGUGUGGGUAGUAUCUGCUGAAUUGUACCCGCUUGGUGUCAGGUCAAAAUGUGCCGCCAUAUGUGCUGCUGCAAAUUGGUUGGUUAAUUUCAUUUGUGCCCUGAUUACACCUUACAUUGUUGACGUUGGAUCACACACGUCUUCAAUGGGGCCCAAGAUUUUUUUCAUUUGGGGCGGUUUGAAUGUCGUGGCCGUUAUUGUUGUUUAUUUCGCUGUCUACGAAACAAGAGGGUUGACUCUGGAAGAGAUCGACGAGCUAUUUAGAAAGGCUCCAAAUAGUGUCAUUUCCAGUAAAUGGAACGAAAAAAUACGGAAAAGGUGCUUGGCACUUCCCAUUUCACAACAAAUAGAGAUGAAAACUAAUAUCAAGAACGCUAAUAAACUAGAAAACAACAAUAGUCCAACUUUAGGGGAUGAUAACCAAGAUACACCCGAUGUAGAAAGAUUCUUGGCAGAUCAAAUACAGCCCAAAGAUCAUGUGAUUAUGGCGGAUAGAGAAAAUGGUGCUUUAGAGAACACCGCCAAUGCGCCCCCCUUAACAUCCAUGGAGUUUAAACCCGUGGAACAUCCGCCUGUAAAUUACGUGGACUUAGGGAAUGGUUUAGGUCUAAAUACAUAUAAUAGAGGCCCUCCUUCUAUCAUUUCUGACUCUACUGACGAGUUUUAUGGGGAAAAUGAUUCUCCUAAUUGCAAUAAUAGCACUGAACGAAACGGAGCUAACAGCAUCAAUACAUACAUGGCUCAACUAAUCAAUAGUCCAUCCACAACAAGCAACGAUACAGCUUUCUCUCAGUCACACAAUAGCAAUGCAAGAAUAUCGUCUAAUUGGACAAAUGAUCUUGCUAGCAAGCACAGCCAAUACACUCCCCCUCAAUCAUAA